AUGCGUCAAUUCUGGCUCUUACAAAGACCUAUAUUCAGAUCUAGCCUCUAUUUCCGCCACAAUCUCACUAAGAGUCACUAUUGCGCACCAAUUUUUGGAAUGACUGAAAAUAUUACAACUCCAGCAUCAACAGUGAAACAGAUCGGCGACAACAAAAGACUUUCUUCUACUGUUGCAGAUCCAACAAAGCAGACGAAGGCCAAAAAACCAAAGUUGAGAAGGUACAAGGCAAAAAAAGUCGAUGCAACUUCUCCUAUGGGUGUCUUAGAGUUCGAAGUGAACGAUUUGUUGAAAUCUCAGGAUUUAUCCAGAGAGCAAGUUCUGAAUGACGUUACUGCAAUUUUGAACGAUAAGUCUAGAGUAGAUGGCCCCAUCGUUUUACAGUAUCACAGGGAGGUAAAAAACGUCAAGGUCUUGGAAAUUACUUCUAACGGCAACGGCCUGGCCUUGAUUGAUAAUCCUGUUGAGCCAGGAAAGAAACAAGUCGUCAUCAUACCCUUUGGGCUACCAGGUGAUAUGGUCAAUAUCAAAGUUUUCAAGACACAUCCCUACUAUGUCGAGAGUGAUUUAUUAGACGUGAUAGAGAAGUCUCCAAUGAGAAGAGAUGACUUAAUUAGAGAUAAAUACUUUGGGAAGUCUUCAGGGAGUCAAUUAGAAUUCUUAACUUAUGAUGAUCAGCUAAAACUGAAAAGGAAAACAAUCAUGAAUGCCUACAAAUUUUUUGCACCGAGGUUGGUUGCUGAAAACCUUUUACCUCAAUUCGGCACCACCGUAGCUUCUCCUUUACAAUUUGGCUAUAGAACAAAAAUUACGCCCCAUUUUGACAUGCCCAGGAUAAAGGAGAAAAAACUAACAGAAAGACCUCCCCUGGGAUUUGGCCAAAAAGGUAGACCUCAAUGGAGAAAGGAUACUUUGCAUAUUGGUGGGCAUGCUUCGAUAUUAGAUAUUGAUGAAUGUGUACUUGCCACUGAAGUCCUCAACAUAGGAUUGACUAAUGAAAGAAGAAAGUUUGAGGAGGAGUUUAAAAACUAUAAAAAGGGGGCUACUAUUUUACUAAGAGAAAACACCAUCAUUCUAGACCCUUCUAAACCGACUCCGGAACAAUUAACAGAGGAAGGAUCCAGAGAUGAGAAUGGCAAUAUAAGCUAUGUCGAAGUUGAAGACGAAGAGCACAAUGUUAAGCUGGCCAAGACAUGCGUCACAAAUUCUAGACAAAUCGUCACUGAGUAUGUAGAUGGUUAUACUUUUAAUUUCAGCGCAGGUGAGUUUUUCCAAAAUAAUAAUGCCAUCUUGCCAGUAAUUACCAAAUACGUCCGUGAUAAUUUGCAAAAUUCAACCAAGGACGGUGAAAACGAGUCAAGAUUCUUGGUAGAUGCUUACUGUGGAUCAGGCCUUUUCAGUAUAUGUAGCUCCAAGGGUGUAGACAAGGUGAUUGGUGUAGAAAUCUCUGCUGAUAGUGUCUCUUUUGCAGAAAAAAACGCAAAGGCAAAUGGUGUUGAAAACUGUAGAUUCAUUGUCGGUAAAGCCGAAAAGCUUUUUGAGUCUAUUGAUACUGCUAGUGACAGAACUUCCGUGAUUCUAGAUCCACCACGUAAAGGUUGUGACGAAUUAUUCUUGAAGCAAUUAGCCGCAUACAAUCCAGCGAAAAUCGUAUACAUUUCAUGUAAUGUGCAUUCCCAAGCACGUGACGUCGAGUACUUUCUCAAAGAAACAGAAAACGGUUCAGCUUACCAGAUAGAAAGCAUAAGAGGAUUUGAUUUCUUUCCGCAGACACAUCAUGUUGAGAGUGUAUGUAUAAUGAAAAGAGUUUGA